CGGAUGUCGAUUGUCGAGUCGUUCAAUACACGCUUACGAUACCGUAACGUUAACAACGAACAAUCACAUCGACUGUAGUUAGCGAUUUUCGGAAAAUAAGUAAAUACAUCUUCUAUUUUGACAGCGAUUGUGGUUUUUUUGCGAGUGCGUAAGGUCAUGUCUACGUCCGACCAUGAAUCCGAUCCAAGUUUAUUUCGUGCAGGCAGUGAAUGCGAUUCCGAAGCCGUAGAUCACCUUGAUAAAACCAAUGUGGAAAAAUUAAUCAGCCUACGUGAAAAUAUCAAUUGGGAGAUCGAAGCAGACAGACAUACAUUUCUCGAUCAACUUUGUCUUUUGAUCAAAAAUUGGAAAGGUCAACUUCCAGAUCUUUCUGAAAUUUUCCGGCCUGAAGAAAUUGAUUGGUUACUUGUGCAAGACGCGUACAACAAAACCUACCUCGGUGAAGUUCCACUCAUUGACUUCGUCAUUCGUACCGGCUACAAAGAUAAACCCGACCUAGAUAAAGAUGGCAAACCAAUUUUGCGUCGUACCACAGCAGUGCAUCGCGCCGCUAGAAGCUCCAGGUCUACAAUGUGCAUAAGCAUUUCUAAACUUUUUCAAAUAUACAAGGACGUGAAUUUCAUUGACGAGUCGGGACUCACUCACUUUCACAUAGCUUGUAAGUACGGCUACAAAGACGUUGUCAAUAAAUUCCUCGAGCUCGGGCAAGACCCCGAUUGCCUCGCGCAAAAAUCAGUUGAUCCGCCGCUGCACUUGGCUCUGAAGCACUAUCAUAAGGAUGUGGUCGAAUUGCUGCUACGAGGCGGCGCCGACGCUAAUUUGGCUAACAAAGACGGACUGACACCUCUGCAUGUCAUAUCAAAGGUAGGGCACUGUUAUUAUUGUGAAUUAGUGGAGCUAUUCUUUAAAAUAAAUGAAGAACUCAAGAAGCCAGUCAAAGUCAAUGCUCAAGACAAGUUAGGUUUUACACCGUUACAUUUUGCUCUGAGACACUACCGCUUGAGUGUGGCCGAAUUUUUACUAAAAAAAGGCGCUGAUCCUAAUUUGACGAGCAACGACGGAUCGACUGCGCUACACGUCAUCUGCAAGAUACAAAAUGAUGGUGACUUGGCGACGAUUUUAUUCAAUACCGGUGCUGGCGAAAUACAAAAGGUGAAGGUCGACGCCGCGGAUAAAUUAGGCCGGACUCCGCUUCAAUGGGCCGUGGCGAAUCUCUUAUGUGACGUUGUUGAUGUUGUCUUGGAUCAUGGUGCUGAUUUGUCCAGCUUCGUUUUCCCUACCGAGGAUUACUUCGCUGUGAGAUAUAAACUCGAUUGUACACUCCAAAAAGUCGUUUUCCGCACGAUUUCCAUCAUCGAGUCCCUGGAAAGCAAAGGGUAUGAACUGGACCAAACCGCCGCCCUGAUGAUCAUGAAAUUAUUCGCCAAGUACGGAUUGAUCGAUGAUUCGGUGAAUGUUGACGAAUGUUUACGUAAAGACAAAGAAUUCAUGAGCAUUGCGAAAGAGCAGAUGGUAAGUUCGAGCCUGACGCUCUACGAUUUUCUUCGGUUGCCACAUGAAGAGGCAGAGAACGUAUUAAAGUUUGAAAACUACCAGGAGUUCACUUGCGAAAUUUCGCAUCUCUCCGACGAGUCACAUCGGGUGUAUAUUAAGCACCUGUGCGAGACAGUAGCAAGACGAUUUUUUCGGCGAUGGGCACUGGAAUUGUUCUCGAAGAAGAGCCCAUGGCUGUCCAAGAACCACUGCAAAAAAAUCAUCAACUCAAUGAACAUCAAAGAUUUAUGGGACAUUUGUAUGGCGGCCGCGAAUGAAAAUACUCAAUGGCUAGACUCUGUACGUACAGAUUACGUAAAAAAGUAUUAUAGUAGAGAGGUAGAUCUAUCAUUUUUUCUGGAUGAUUGGACAUAUCAUAAGUAAGAAAACAAAGAUUGUAAUGCAUUUGAUUUGUGCACUUUUAUAUACAAAACUAUCUUUCAACGUCUCUGUUUCCAUCAGUAAAUGUUAAAAUUCUAAUAAAUGCAAGAAAUGUAGAGCAAGUAAUUUUAGUUUAAAAUUCACACUUUUCUAAAGAGAAAAUCUGAUAUUAUGGUUAAAAAAUAUAGAAAAUUUAUUUCAAGCAACACGCAACAUAUUCAAAUACAGUUCAAAAUUAUACUUCGAUUUAUAUCAAAUGGCUUAGUUGUAUGCAUACAGAUUUUCUUUUGUCGAAUGUUACAAAUAAUAAAUAAAAAUUCUUGAGCUCUAGUGUAACAAAUAAAAUCAAUAUAUUAUGAUCAUAAAAAAAUUAUCUUUCUAAGUCUCUGCCUUGAGAAUUAACUGUUAAAAUUCAAUUGGAUGAAAAAAAGUCAAACCAAUGUAUUUAAUCAAUAUUUGUCGCUUUUAAAAGCAUAGAUUUUUGAAUUACUUUAAAAAAUAAUCGAUAAUUAAUUGCGAGUAGCAUCUGAUUUUGAAAAUAAAGUUUAAAACUAAACUUUCAUUGUAGAAGAAGAAACAAAUCAAUAAGUAUCAUAUACGUACACAAGAAAAUUAGCAUUCGCAGUUGUUUUCCUACUUUUCGUCUUAAAAAGAUUUAACUUAGUUUUCUUUAUUGAGUCAUGCCAAAACAAAUAACACCCUUUUUCAUAUACGAUCUUUCCAUCAUCAAGAUAUUUUAUAAUAAUACUUUAUUGAACCCAUUCGAUUGUUGGUAACUUAAUAAUAAUAAAUUGACAAACAAAGAGUAUCGAUCACAUAUUACAAACCAUAAGUCAAGCGCUAUAUUCAGCUCACAAAGUAUCUAUCAGCAAAAUAGUACCAAUUGUCGGCCGGGACCUUCUAAA